UGUAAUCAGGAUGAAAGUAAGGUGGUCCUGGUGGCGUCCCGGCAAAUUAAAUAGUGGGGGUACGCCGUACCAGUAAAACAUGAGCCUAUCACAAUAAUGAAAGCAAAAUGUCAAGAAAACUGUAGGCUAUUACACCAUUAUUUCAUUAGGCUACCCCAUAUCUGAGGCAUGAACAAUUUGCGAAUGGACUUGAAAACGAGUGGUAUAACUUCAACUCCAAAAUGCGACAUGGUUCGACGAGAACACUGACAUUUUUCCAAGGCAGUGAUGAAUGGCUGACACAGAGACACACAGCAGUGGAUGUAUAAAUUCCGGCGUAAUGAAAAAUAGCCAAAAUGUCAUUAGACUUUGUGGUGUUUUGUGUGACAGACGUCACUUUCCAUUUCCAUGUUUGGAGGCAGGAAAUAGUGUGCAUUCACAAAUGAUUCAUACCCCUUGACUUAUUCCACAUUCUGUCGUGUUACAGCCUGAAUUCAAAAUGUAUUCAAUAUUUUUUUCUCUCACCUAUCUAAACAUGUUUUUAGAAAUGAUAGCAAAUUUCUUAAAUUAAAUACAGUUAUCUAAUUUACAUAUGCAUUCACAAUCCUGAGUCAAUACAUGUUGGAAUCACCUUUGACAGUGUUUACAGCUGUGAUGUCUUUCUGGCUAAGUCUCUUAAUAGCAUUGCACACUUGGAUUGUCCAAUAUUUGCACAUGAUUUUUUCAGAUCUUCAAGCUCUGUCAAGUUGGCUGUUGAUCAUUGCUAGACAGCCAUUUAAGUCUUGCCAUAGAUUUUUAAGCUGAGUCAAAACAUUUAACGUCGUCUUGGUAGGCAACUCCAGUGUAUAUUUGGCCUUGUGUUUUAGGUUAUUGUCCUGCUGAAAGGUGAAUUAAUUUCCCAGUGUCUGGUGGAAAGCAGUCUGAACCAGGUUUUCCUCUACGGUUGUGCCUGUGCUUAACUCCAUUCCGUUUCCUUUUUAUCCUGAAAACCCCCACAUUCCUUAACGAUUACAAGCAUACCCAUAACAUGAUGCAGCCCCCACCAUGCUUGAAAAUAUGGAGAGUGGUACUCAGUAAUGUGUUGAAUUGGAUUUGCCCCAAACAUACACUUUUUGCCCUGAAUACAGUGUUAUUGCUUUGCCACAUUUUUUUGACAGUAUUACUUUAGUGCCUUGUUGCAAACGGGAUGCAUGUAUUGGAAUAUUGUUAUUCUGUAGAGGCUUACUUAUUUGAACUCUGUCAAUUAGGUUAGUAUUGUGGAGUAACUUUAAUUUUCUUGAGCCAUCCUCAGUUUUCUCCACACAGCCAUUAAACUCUGUAACUAUUUUUAAGUCACUACUGACCUCAUGGUGAAAUCCCUGAGCGGUUUCCUUCCUCUCCGGCAACUGAGUUAGGAAGGACUUUGUCUUUGUUGUGACUGGAUGUUUAUACACCAUCCAAAGUGUAAUAACUUCACCAUGCUCAAAGAGAUAUGUCAUGUCUGCUUUAAAAAUAUAUAUAUUGAAAUAGCUAUAGGUGGCCUUCUGUGCAAGGCAUUGGAAAACCUCCCUGGUCUUUGUGUUUGAAAUUCACUGUUCGACUGAUGGACCUUACAGAUAAUUGCAUGUGUGGGGUACAGAGAUGAAGUCAUGAAAAAAUCAUGUUAAACAUUAUUGCUGAACUUAUUUAGACUUGCCAUAACAAAGGGGUUGAAUACUUAAUGACUAAAACAUUUCAGCUUUUCAUUUUUAAUUCAUUAGCAAAAAAUUCCACUUUGACAUUAUGGGGUAUUGUGUGUAGGCCAGUGACAAAGAAAUUAAUCAUUUAAUGUAUUUUAAGUUCAAGCUAACACAAAAUGUGGAAAAAGUCCAGGGGUGUGAAUACUUUCUGAAGGCAAUCCUGACCCUGGACCCUAGAUAAGAUAGACUGGGCUAACACAGCAAACCUUUUUGGCCAAUAAUAUGCCGUUUUUAAAUGUUUUUUGUUUGCUUUAUAAUCGUGAGAGAUAUUAGUUAUACAUAGAUAGCUAACAAGGUUAGCAGUCUUUUCUCAAAAUUAACCUCAUUGAACUUCUACAUCUGCAUUGCUUGCUGUUUGGGGUUUUAGGCUGGGUUUCUGUAUAGCACUUUGACAUCUGCUUAUGUAAAAAGGGCUUUAUAAAUGCAUUUAUAAAUACCAGGCCUUUGGCAUGGUGCAGGAGCAGAUAGGGUCAAAGUAGUGGAAUGGGGUAGUGGGCUAAUGAGUGUAGGGUUAGGUGGAAGGGUGUUUAUUUACUUUUAAAUAUAUAUUUGUCUUCCAAUUUUUUUUUAAUUAUCACAAAGUAUAAUGGAUUUAUAUUAUAGUCCAUUUGGGGGAGGUAAUGCAACAUAUUGGAUGCCAACCGCCGUUAAACUCCGAAGAAGAAGAAGUACACGGAAGUAAACAGUGAUCAAGAAAACGUCAGCGUUUUAGCUAAAUGUUUUACUCAUUUAAUUGCAUAGCAUCACAUACUUAUCCCAUGUAGUCUUUAAUUCGAGACAGGACUUGACUGAUAGCUAACGUUACCUAGAUAGCAUCUAACAAUGGCUAACGUGAACAGUAUGGUUUUUCACACUCAAAUAGCCUCCAUCAUGGAGGUGCUAGCGAAUGCAGCCGUGGCAGAGAUCUGUAAAGUAGUAGACGACGACUAUGAAGUGUUUCGUUUGGAAAUAACUCAAAGCCAGAAAGAAAACAGGGCAUUGAGGAGGAAACUACAGCUACUGGAAAUGAAAGUGUCACGGGAGCGCACAGAGAAGACUAUGCGAGAGCGCGUCCUCGCCAGUCCCAGAAGUGUCAAGAUCCUAGACCGAUACAGAGUAACGGCAAGAGGUGAAGGACAUCUCUCUGGAGGCCACAGGAGCUUUGUGAAGCCAGCGGGAUACAAUACAUGGAGAGAUGACCAACCAAUCACUGUUGAUGAGGGGAGUGGAACCUCAACCCAGCAUGUUAUUGUGAUAGAGUCUGCAGAUGCAGAGGCUGCAGGUCCUGGGGUCAAGCAGGAGAGGUCUGAAGGACAGGAGGACACAGGUCACUGCAGAGACAUCCAGACUGGAUCGCCCCCUGAAGCCACGGAGGACCUCUCUGCCGCCACGCCCCAGCCCAGGAUCCAACGCAGCAUCAUGGAGGUCAGUGGAACGCCGAACGCCAUCCUCAAGUCCGAGACAGACAACGAGACUUUAACUGUAACACACAGCCUCUUACACACAGGAUCUGACCACAGAUCAGACCCAGAGAGACUUUGUCUGGGGAGACUGGGCUGUUCUCCUGCUCCUGACUCAGAGUAUUUACCAGUAUUUCACCAGAGCCAGAAGACUGUUCAUUCCUGUGGAGAUGUUGAUACGUUAGACACCGGAGGUGAUGAUCCAUCUUGUUCUUACGCUACAGAGAUGGACCCUGGCAACAUAUCCUUGGGUUUAGAGAGACAGACUGAUCUGUCUAGAGGGGACUGGAACCAGUACAGUAGUAGUGUAUACUCUGAAGGGUGCCUAGAUAAGAAAGGGGAGGGUCUGGUUGUAGAUGACAUGACUGUGAAAGUUGAGAGUGAUGCUCUUCUGAUAUGGAAUGCAGACGAGACUCACUUAAGAGAAGGACACUCUCAGGGCAUCAGUAGUGACUUCUUAGACUACAGGGAAAGCUUAGAGACAAAUCUAAAUGUCCCAACCCACUCUUCUUUACUCGUGUUCAGGGAUCGCGACCCAGUGUCCACGUCGAUGGGGCCUUCCAAUUCACACAGCCACAUCCUUUUAGAUCAGGAAUUGAACUCAAACGACAGGGCUACAGACCAGACUGAGGGAGGGGAUGCAACAUCAGGCAAUAGUAAAGAGAAACGGUUCCUCUGCAUGUUCUGUAACAAAAGCUUCAGCUGCUCCCAGAAUGUGGAGAUCCACCAGAGGGUCCACACAGGGGAGAAACCCUUCAGCUGUACCCAGUGUCACAUGCGCUUCACCCAGGCUGGCACCCUGAAGAGGCACCAGAGGGUCCACACAGGGGAGAAACCAUUCAGCUGUACCCAGUGUCACAUGUGCUUCACCCAGGCUGGUCAUCUAAAGAGGCACCAGAGGGUCCACACGGGAGAGAAGCCGUUCGCCUGUACGCACUGCAGGAAGAGGUUCUCUGAGAAGAGAUGCCUCAGGAUACACCAGCAGAAAAACCACUCCACUCUAUAACAUAGAAACUGUUGGAUUUGGGGUUAAACUUGGAACAUUGUUAUAAUCAGAAGUAUAGGAACAUUAGUUACAAAAGAGACAUGAGGGGUGCCAUAAUGAAGUUUGGGAGGGGCUGAGUGCAGGGAAAACAAUCGCAUGUGACAGUACUGAUAAGGGGAGAAACCGUUGAAGGCUCAUAUCACUUAGUUCCCUGCUUAGCAAGAAUGAUGCAAUGUUUAGCGAUAAGGAGGAGACUCCAGCCAAAGCGGAGUACCACCACGGGGGAAGCCAUGACUGUGUCGGAAUUACAGCUGUAUCGACCCUUUGGGAAGAAUUAAACUUGGUUAAGCUUCUCUAGUGUCCGUGAGUUAUUUACUCAGAAUUAGAACAUAACAAAAGUAACCAUUCCACUCGAUAGCUUCUGACGUUUAGAUCAGACCCUGCAUUCAAGGUAGACUCUGCGAGAUGACAUAGAUGCACAAAGUAAACAGCAGCAGUGGGUCAAUUUCCACAACAACUAAAGAGUGUUGAAGUGCAAGGCUCAGACAUUGUAGGAUAUAUAAGCCUAAAAAGUAUAUUGCAUAGUGUUUGUACUGUGUAGGCCAGUGUUUACCAACUCCAGUCCCCCAACAGUACACAUUUACAUUGUAGCCCCGGACAAGCACACCUCAUUCAACUCAGAGGGCUUGAUGAUUAGUUGACCAGUUGAAUCAGGUGUGCUUGUCCAGGGCUACAAUAAAAAUGUGUACUGUUGGUGGUACUUGAGGACUGGAGUUGGGAAACACUGGUGUAGGCUAUAUGAUGUUCACACAUGCCUAGUACAUUACUUCCAUUCAACCUGUUUUUUUCCCCCAAGACACUAUCAAGUUCAUGCAGAUGUUUAAUUGAGACGUGUAUGUGUGGUUUUCAGAUGGUGUAUUUCAAACUUGUUUAUGUUCAAUAAACACCUACAUGGGACUUUU